CUGCUCCACCCCCUGAGCCAUUCGCAAGCCAGACAGAUGCCUUCUUUGUUGAGUUCAGUCAGUUACACAUUCCGUUUUUGCUAACCAACUAGUUUGUUGGUCCAAGGAUCGAGUCCCGCCGAGUUGCAGUCAUGGGUAGAGGUGGGAGGAUGGAGCAGAGUUCGAAUCCCAGCAACGACAAUCACACUAAUAACAACACUAAUGGCGGUCCUACUGGUGCCGGUCUGACGGAGAGCCAGAGACGGGGCCUGCCGGAUUUUCUGUUAACCGUGAAGCUCAAGUAUGUUCGGCUGGGAUACCACUACCUGGUGCAAAAUUUUCUGACGCUUUUGCUGGUUCCAUUAAUGGUGGCAGUGGUUCUGGAGGUGGGCCGAAUCGGUCCGGUGGAAUUAAAUUCCCUCUGGCAGAAGCUCGAGUUCAAUCUCGUUCAUGCAGUCUCGUGCUCGGGACUCCUGGUUUUCAUAAUCACGCUCUAUUUUCUGUCACGGGAGAGAGUAGUAUACCUUGUGGACUACGCCUGCUACCGCCCGCCGGAUUCUUGCCGUGUUCCUUUCGCGACCUUCAUGGAGCAUUCGCGUCUGUUCAGGUAUUUUGACCAGAAAAGCCUGGAUUUUCAGAAAAAGAUCCUGGAGCGCUCUGGUCUGAGUGAAGAAACCUGCCUUCCGCCGGCGCUUCACUACAUUCCGCCGAGCCCUACAAUGACGGCCUCCAGAGAAGAGGCGAAAAUGGUGAUCUUUUCCGCCAUGGACGAUCUGUUUGCAAAAACAGGCGUUAGGGCGAAAGACAUUGAUAUUCUGGUAGUGAACUGCAGUCUCUUUUGCCCUACCCCUUCGCUCUCUGCAAUGGUGAUAAAUAAGUACAAAAUGAAAGGGAACAUCAAAAGCUUCAAUCUUUCCGGCAUGGGGUGCAGUGCCGGGGUAAUUUCUCUGGACCUGGCGAAAGAUCUGCUGCAAGUGCACAGAAAUUCUUACGCCUUGGUCGUAAGCACAGAGACCAUAACCCCGAAUUGGUACUGCGGAAACGAGAGAUCGAUGCUUCUUCCAAAUUGCCUUUUCCGCAUGGGCGGAGCUGCGAUUCUAUUAACAAACAAGCCGAGCCUGCGGAAUUGCUCAAAGUACCGGCUUGUUCAUGUCGUCCGCACUCACAAAGGCGCAGAUGACAGAGCCUACAGGUGCGUGUACCAGGAAGAAGAUGAGCAGGGGACUGUGGGCAUGUCGCUUUCCAAGGACCUGAUGGCCAUAGCCGGUGAGGCCCUCAAAUCAAAUAUUACAACCCUCGGCCCUCUGGUUCUUCCAAUUUCCGAGCAAAUCCUCUUCCUUUUAUCUCUUCUCGGCCGGAAAUUUAUAAACCCUAAGUGGAAACCCUACAUUCCUGAUUUCAAGAAGGCCUUUGAGCAUUUCUGCAUCCAUGCCGGCGGCCGAGCCGUCAUUGACGAGCUGGAGAAAAAUCUGCAGCUUUCAGCUGAACAUGUUGAGGCUUCACGGAUGUCGCUUUACCGGUUCGGCAACACUUCAUCUUCUUCGCUCUGGUACGAACUGGCUUACAUUGAAGCUAAAGGUCGAAUGAAGACAGGGGAUCGCGUCUGGCAGAUCGCUUUCGGCAGCGGAUUCAAGUGUAACAGUGCUGUUUGGAAGUCUCUGAAGACUGUGAAACCGCCGACUGCUGGUCCCUGGUCUGAUUGUAUUCUCAGAUAUCCCGUCGCCAUUCCUGAUAUCGUCAAGCUGUAAGCAAGCUGUGUUAGUGUAUUUACCGUAGUUCGUGUAGUUUCAGGGAUUUUAUUUCGUUUGUUUGUUCCGUUCUACGUUUUUCUUCCGUGUCCGCUCUAUUUUAUUUUCCCUGUGAUAAAUCUCACGUGUGCACAGCUUUUUCCUGCAUGAUAUUAUGUAGCUACAUGAAUUGGAUUGUUAAUCAAUGUCGACUUUAUUUUGAA